UUCACUUCAAUAAAUAGUUAAUCAGCAUUAACUACCACUUAUUAUCUGCAACAACAUAUGUAACAAUGAACCAGAAAAUACCAUUAUGUACACAACCUAAUUAUUUAAGCAUCUCUAAUUUAGUCAUUCUUAUCUAAUAGUGUUCACCAGCCGACUAAACCAUAUACAUUAUUAUAUUAACAGGAAAAUGAUGAAUUUAGAUAUAUUGUGUCAUUUUUAACCGCACCUGGGACAUAUAUGUACAUUAGAAUAAAACUGUUUGAAAAUGGUGAAUGUUCAGAUAUUAAUGUUUUUAGUAUAUAGUUUUCAAUUUGUAAAUGGAGAGGCAGCGGAAUCCGGAGCUGUAACCACUACAAGUCAAGAGUCUCCUAUACCAGAUGAAUCUCAAGCACAAAUAAUAUCAGCUGAACUGAGACAAUGCGGUUUACGAAUAACAGGACCUGGUUUAACAUGGGAGAAAGUUGAUGAUUGCGCCUCAGCGUACGCCGAUCCAACAGAAAUGAAGGGGGACCAAGGAUUAAAGGGAAUUCCUGGAGUCAUUGGAAUACAAGGGCUUAACGGGGAACCAGGAUUAAAAGGAGAACCAGGGCCUCAGGGAGAGAAAGGUGACAAAGGAAAGAUAGGUGAAGAUGGUAGUGGGGGAGAAAAGGGUGAUCGAGGUUCUGCAGGACCUAAAGGAGUGAAGGGUGAUCAGGGUGCCUCAAUUCCCGGCCUUCAGGGGCCUCCCGGUGAACCAGGCCCUUACAAUGCAUACAGCCGUCUUUUGAAUGUUGAAUUACCGAAGAAAGACGUUGAAAGUGAUGUACUAGAGUCUGAAGCGCGCAACAGGGAUCCCGGUACAAAGUCGAAUCCAGCGAAAUCGUGCGCAGACAUCGAAGCUGAUGGCAUAACUGAUGGAGAUUACUCUCUGAACCCUGAAAACGAGUUUACUGCGAGCUGUGAUUUUAUAAAACAAAGCGCGUGUCUUAGUCUAGAGUAUGACGAGGAACCUAAACUAUGCGACAGGAAGCCAUGUUGGCUGUUCAAGUCUGGGUUCAAUAUUGGGAAGUUUUAUAGAAAGCAAUUAAAAAAUAUAAAAUAUUUAAGCACCUUAAACGGAACGACACAUUCCACUCACAAGAUUACCAUUAUUUGCAAAUACCUGAGAUUGAGUGAAGAAUCAAAUUUGCAAAUACAAUUAUAUCACAUGCUGUUAAUUGGACCUGAAGCGUCGAACGAGACGCCAUUGCAUUAUAAAGUCAAUAGUGAGAAUUGUAAUUCAGAGACUGACGAAGGAUCUGCUGAAAUAGAAAUAACCAUAAUCGGUCCAUUCUUACCAAUUACGGAUUUUUAUAUAAGAGAUUUUAAUGAAAAAUCUGAACUUAUAUUUGAUAAAACUGAAGUCUGUUUUUAUUAUAAAUAAACGUAAAAUAUUUUUUUAUACGUGUGAAGAAA